UCUUUCCUUUGGACUGGAAAAUCUCAAGAAAAUUCCAGAGACCCAAACACAUAUCUCCUCCUGCUGCUAUAUAAGAACCUCAUCUUUCUCGCUCGUCUCCGCUAUCCAAACAUCAUUAACUCAUCGUUACUAAAUCCACAUUGAAUCCAGUUCUCGCGUACUCGAUCGUAAAACCCAAACAAUGGCUUCCAGAACUUUGAUUUCCACUUUCCUUCUGAUAGCAUCAAUGUCGUCCCUUUUCUUCCAGACCAGCGAAGCCCUAAUCCCCUACACGAGAAGCGUCUGGGACACAAUGUUCCCAUCGGAGGAUCCAUUCAGGAUCCUCGAGCAAUCUCCGCUCAACAUUCCUCGAAACAUGGAGACGUCGCCUCUGGCUCUGCUGGCACGCGCCGAUUGGAGGGAGACGCCAACGGAGCACGUGAUCGCGGUGGACAUUCCAGGGAUGAAGAAGGAGGACGUGAAGAUCGAGGUGGAGGAGAACAGGGUAGUGAGGAUAAGCGGCGAGAGGAAGGAGGAGGCGGCGGAGGUGGAGGGAGAGAAGUGGCACAGAGCCGAGAGGACGAACGGAAAGUUCUGGAGACAGUUCAGAAUGCCAUUGAACGCGGAUCUGGAUCACAUCAGAGCGAGGAUUGAAGAUGGCGUUCUGAGAAUCGUUGUGCCGAAGCACAAAGAAGAGACGAAGAGACAGCCUAGAGUGAUCAACAUCGCCGAGGAUCAAGCUGCUUCUGGAGAAGAUGUUAAGGCUACGAAGGCUUCAGUGUAAGAACAUCAAUGGAACGUGGAAGAAGAUAUGAAUAUGAAUUUUGAUGCACAUACAGCUUUAUCGGAUGCUAAGUUUAAUUCGUUGUCUUUUAUGUUCGUGAAGUUUUUGUUAAAAUCUACUGAUGCUGAGAGAAUAAUUUUAAGGAAUAAAGAAAUUACUGCGUGACAAGUUUGUUACUUCUGAUGAUCUUGAUGUUUAAAACGAAGAAAGAAAAUGUGUGCUUGAAUAUUUUUACGUAUGCUG